AUUAUUCAUUAUCUCCUAGAUGAGGCAGGUCAGAAAGCAAUUUUGCCGUACAAACAUUCCAACACAUACAGCUUUGAUGACCUAGCCAAGGGGAUCAUAAAAAAAAGAAGACGUGGCCUCUUUCGCCGUUUUGAGAGACCAAAAAUUCAAACUGCUCCAAAAGAAAUACGAUGAAGCUGUCGGUAGGCUUCAAAUGGACAUAGCUGAUUCCGAGAAUGAGCACCUGGUCGCCUAUGAAGCUGAGGAAAAUUUUCACGCUGCUUCGAAUUUCAUCACAUAUCAUACCUCACAAGCAAUGAAAGCUACCGAAGAUUCAGACGGUGCUCGCUUCGCUUUCAUAGCCCUCUCUUUGAAGCCGCCAAAGCAGCUUAGAUCGCCAUAUAAAGUCUACAUCUCCGCAACAUCUACCUCGCUGAAGCCGACGUAUACAUCAAAGCAAUCCGCGCUGCCAAAACACUAAAAAACGUAUCUUACCAAAAUCCCAAGCCUAUGUGGUUUUACUUGCGAAAAAGUGCGGCCAGAACAUGGAGACCGCCCAAUAAAAACAGAGAUUUGGAGGUGAACAUGCUUUGAAACUCCUUGAUUCUAUCGAAGAGAUGGAUGAAAUAAUUUCCAACACUGGAAGGAAGUCUACUAUAACGAAAAAAUAGCCAGAAGAGCCUCUGUCAAGUUCCGUCUUUCCAAAUUUAGGGCUCGUGUGGCAGACAAAGAAGCUGGCGUUGCCCAAACUUAAAGGACCUUCUAUCAGAGAAGGUCGAGGACGCCAAACAUGAGCUUAAAGCCGCCAGAGCUGAGAAACUCACUCAUGGCCUCGAAAAGGUGAAAGCCGUUCAAGCCAGUAAAUAAGCUAGGCAAAGACGCACAGCCGCCCAAUCUGCUGAAGCUCUUUCGCUAGAACCAACAGUCACUUCGCUCGCUAGACUAAAUUCACCGCCCUAAAUAUAGUAUUAAAAAAAUAUCAAACCACCACACCAAGGUAGCUCUUCGUGCUGUUAUCGAAUAACCGAUUGUUCCAACACGUAAAUCGUUGAAGUGUUGCUGAAGGUUCCAAAAAAGUGGUUAUGCUAAACCUCGAGAUGAAUGUUCGAAGUAAAUAUUACUUUUGUUCAUGCUUUGUGUAAUAUUCGUCUCAUACACUCCACAACAUUGUUGCGACUAUACUUACUAUAUCCUGGUGUGGGCAUGGCCGCAACUUCAUGAGCGGUGAUCCGACAAGACGAGAUCCACGCUUCUACGCUUAAAUAUCGAUCUCCCAGUAAAAAUCAUUCUCACAACUUCUUUUUUGUGGUCGACAUGAUUAAGAAAAAAUGUAGACAAGAGAGUUGUUCAGUAGGAAGUAAAGUACGAAAGGAAUGCAGUUUGAUUACGUCGUUCAUAGUUUCUUGCUAGUUGUGGUACAUUUAAGGCUAACUGUACUACAUUUCUUAUGUAUCUUAGCCUACCUGUGAUUGCGACUACCUUGCGAUCAGCAACCAUAAUGCGCUCGUGAUCCUGUGGCUCAUUUUAGAAAACAU